AAUAAAUCUAAAAUUAUGUAAAUUAACAAGUAAAUGUAAUUUCAACUAAAAAUAACGUAAAUGUGUGAAAAUAAUGAGAAUUUAAACAAAAUUGUUGUUAGUUGGUGUGUAAUAAAUGGCUAGAAAAUCUUCAGAGAAGGGAAGAAUUGACGUUAUUGUAAGGAAACGCCCCCUGAGUGAGCAGGAAAUUUCAAGAGGCGACAGGGAUAUUGUUGUAUGCAACUACGAUUCAGCAAUUAUCCGGGAAUUUAAAUAUAAAAUUGACGGUACAAGUUUUAUAGAAGAGCACGAAUUUAAGGUUGAUAGGUUCUAUGAUGAAAAGGCCGACAAUGAGCUGAUUUACAACGAGUAUGUGAAGCCUUUGGUUGAAUCGGCCUUCAGGGAAGGCAAAACCUGCUCCUGCUUCACUUAUGGUCAAACAGGAAGUGGUAAAACAUACACAAUGAUAGGUUCCAAGAUUGACAGCGGUAACCAAUCAGACAGUAGCAACGUUGGUGCUAUUGGUAUUUAUGAAUAUGCCGCUAAUGAUAUUUAUGAAAUAUCAAAGGAGCCUCAGUUCAACGGUAAAGUUGACGUUGUCGUCAGCUUCUAUGAGAUUUACUGUGGUAAAUUGUAUGAUUUAUUGCAGAACAGGAAGUUAUUGGAAUCGUUGGAUAACGGGAAGAAUGAAGUUGUAAUAAAGGACUUGUGUGAAAGAGUUGUUAGUUCAAAGGAGGAGCUUGUAGACUCAAUGUUGGAGGCCUUAAAUUUGAGGAAAAUCGGCCAGAACUCACAAAAUGACCGUUCUUCAAGAUCUCAUGCACUUUUAAGAAUUGAACUAAGACAUACAAAUAACUCAAUAGGUAGCAUGUUAUUUGUUGAUUUGGCUGGAAGUGAGAGAGCUGCUGACUCCGUGUCGAUGUGCAGACAAGUUCAAAUUGACGGAGCAGGGAUUAACCGGUCUCUUCUUGCUCUCAAGGAGUGCAUCAGGGCUAUGGACCUCGAUAGGAUCCAUAUUCCGUUCAGGAACAGUGAGCUCACUAAGGUGCUCAGAGACGUGUUCAUGGGCGACAGUAGAAAUGUCAUGAUUGCCAACAUUUGUCCUUCAUUUCAGUCUUGUGAGCAGACUCUCAACACUCUCAGAUACGCCACUAAAGUUAAGGCUUUCAAGUCCAAUUCCCUCAAUAGUACUAUGAGCUUAAAUUCCCUUAAUACUAUUAACACCAACAAUUACAGCUCUAAGGACACCAUUACUAAAGAGAAUAGUAUCAGUAAGGGGAACAGUAUAAACAGUAGAAAUUCAAAACGGAGUUCACCAAUGAGCUAUGAACCUAGACUUUCUAAUGAUAAAAUGGAUCUGGACCCUUUAAACUCUGUCAAUACUGCACACACUACUCUUAACACACCCAAUAACUCUGACACAAAUUACAGUAUUAAGGAUACCAAUCAUUUCAAUAGUAAACAUAGCAAUAAUUUCAACACUAAGGAUACCAAUAAUUUCAAUAGUAAGGAUACCAUUGUCAAAGAUAGUCCUAUUACCACCAAUGUUAAUAAUGAAAUAGUUGAAAGGGUUGAAGGAAUGUUGAAAUCGCAGAAUGAUGAAACGAUGAGGGAGUUACAGAUGAUAUUAAAUUCUAUACAGUUGAAUAACACCAAUACUCACAUUUUUAAGUUUCUUACUGGUUCUAACAGCCCCAACGCCAACAAUCCCAACAGCAAUGUAAUAAAACUUUAUAAAGUGUACAAUAGUUUAAUGUUGAUGCUGAAUAAUAACGUAAACAGUGUCGAGGAUGUGAAGAAUAGACUUAAAAUUAACUUUAAAUUUUUACUAUACCUCAAACAACUCCUGGAUCGUCCCACCUGACUACUCCGUUAGUAACUUCGUUAAUAUAUUCAAUCCCGUAAUAUUCUCAUCUAAACA